AUGAUCAGCAAGCCCAAAGGAGCUGAUGAGGUUACCAAGAAGGCCCUCUUAGGGGCAAAGCCUUCAGGCUCAGAGGGUGAUGGAGAGGCAGAAGCCCCCACACACCCAGAGGAUGGGACCAGCCAACUCAGCAACAACAAGGUGGAGGUGGUAUUCUGGUUACUGUCCAUGCUGGCCACGAGGGAUAAGGAGGACAUGGCCCGGACGCUACUGGCCAUGUCGAGCUCCCAGGAGAGCUGUGUGGCCAUGCGCCGCUCUGGCUGCCUGCCUCUCCUGCUGCAGAUCCUCCAUGAUGCCGACCGUGAGGCUGGCCCCUCCGAAGGGGCCAAGGAUGCCCGCAUGCGGGCCAACGCGGCCCUGCACAAUAUCAUCUUCUCUCAACCCGAUGAGGGCCAAGCCAAGAAGGAAAUGAGAGUCCUCCAUGUGUUGGAGCAGAUCCGCUCCUACUCUGAGACCUGUUGGGACUGGCUUCGGAUGCAGGCCCAAGAUGGGGGCCAGGGCCCUGAGGGGGGUGCUGGUGAUCUCCUUUCCUCAGGGCCUGUCCCUAUUGAGCCACAGAUCUGCCAGGCCACAUGUGCAGUGAUGAAACUCUCUUUUGAUGAGGAAUACCGUCGGGCUAUGAAUGAACUUGGUGGGCUCCAGGCAGUGGCGGAGUUGCUGCAGGUAGAUUAUGAGAUGCAUAAGAUGACCAAUGACCCCCUGAACCUGGCCCUUCGGCGAUACGCGGGCAUGGCCCUCACCAAUCUCACCUUCGGGGAUGUCGUCAACAAGGCCACGCUGUGUGCCCGGCGGGGCUGUAUGCAGGCCAUCGUGGCCCAGUUGGCCUCGGACAGUGAAGAGCUCCACCAGGUGGUGUCCAGCAUCCUUCGGAACCUGUCCUGGAGGGCAGACAUCAACAGCAAGAAGGUCCUCCGGGAGGUGGGCAGUAUGACUGGGCUCAUGCAGUGUGCCCUUCGAGCGACCAAGGAGUCCACCCUGAAGAGUGUCCUCAGUGCCCUAUGGAACCUGUCAGCCCACAGCACAGAGAACAAGGCCGCCAUAUGCUUAGUGGAUGGAGCCCUGGGCUUCCUGGUCAGCACGCUCACUUAUAAGUGCCAGAGUAACUCACUGGCCAUCAUCGAGAGUGGAGGGGGCAUCCUCCGGAAUGUGUCCAGCCUCAUUGCCACCCGAGAGGACUACAGGCAGGUGCUGCGGGACCACAACUGCCUUCAGACCCUCCUCCAGCACCUGAGGUCGCACAGCCUGACCAUCGUGAGCAACGCCUGCGGCACGCUGUGGAACCUGUCGGCCCGCAGCCCGCGCGACCAGGAGCUGCUCUGGGACCUGGGGGCCGUGAGCAUGCUGCGCAACCUCAUCCACUCCAAGCACAAGAUGAUCGCCAUGGGCAGCGCGGCCGCCCUGCGCAACCUGCUCACCCACCGGCCCCUCAAGUACAAGGACACGGCGGCCGUGGUGUCCCCCGGCUCCUGCAUGCCCAGCCUCUACGUGCGCAAGCAGAAGGCCCUGGAGGCCGAGCUGGACGCCAGGCACCUGGCCGAAGCCCUGGACACCCUGGAGAAGCAGAGCCUGAAGGGCCAGGCGGCCAAGAAGCCGCCGCUCCGCCACCUGGACAGCCUGGUCAAGGACUACGCGUCGGACUCGGGCUGUUUCGACGACGAGGACGUGCCGGCCCUGGCCCCCGGCGUGGAGGUGGGGAAUCCCUCGGUGCUGUCUAUGUUCCUCAACAGUUCCUUCCUGCAAGGCCAGGCCUUGCCCCGCACGCCGGCCUCUCGCCGAGGCCUCGAAGCCGAGAAGGAAGACGGCAGCAGCGGCAGGGGCAGCAUGGACGUCAAGAAGGGGGCGAUGGAAGGGACGGCGGCGGCCGCCGAAAAGCUGGCCACCAAACUGUCCGUGGCUGUGGCCAAGAUCGACAAACUGGUGGAGGACAUCUCGGCCCUGCACACGUCCUCCGAGGACAGCUUCAGCCUGAGCUCCGGCGAUCAUGGGCUGGACUGGCCCUCGGGGCCCGGGGAGGCCCGGGAGGCCAGGGCCCAGUCCUGCUCGCCCUGCCGGCUGCCCGAGGCGGGGAGGAGGGAAGGGGUGGGAAGGGCCCACCCGCUCCUGAGGCUGAAGGCGGCCUACACCAGCCUGUCCAACGACAGCCUCAACAGCAGCAGCACCAGCGACGGCUACUGCCCGCGGGAGCACAUGAAGCCCUCCCCGAGGGCCUCCUUUGCCGACUACCGCGAGGAGCUGCAGAGGUACCAGCAGCGCCCCAGCCGGCUGGACCUCAAGAACAUCCUGGCGGCCCAGCCGGACAGGGCAGAGCCACCGGCUCAGGGGUCGCUCGCCGCCGACGCCCACGUGCACACCAUCAAGCUGUCGCCCUCGUACCAGCACGUGCCCCUGCUGGAGGGCAUGGCCAAGGUGGCCGCCGUCCCCUUCCCCAGCGGCACCGGCGGUCCCACGGGCCGGAAGCAGGCUUGGCUGCCCACGGGGGCCCUAAAAGGCAGCGAGGGCCUGAGCAAGAUCCCCGAGAAGCUGUCGGCCCCGGCCCCGCCGGCCCCGGCCGCAGAAACGUUACAGAAGUACUCGGUGGAAGACACCCCCAUCUGCUUCUCCCGCUGCAGCUCCCUCUCCUCCCUGUCCUCCGCUGACCACGGCCUGGACGCCAGGAGCCGCAGCGAAGACAACGAGCUGGACAGUGACUCUUCCCUGGAGAUCCUGGAGGAGCCUGGGCCCGGGGAGGCCGAGGAGGACGACUGGAGGCCCAGGGGCGCCGCCUCGCUCCCCGUGGCCAUCCCUGCCCCGCGCUGUGACCAGGCCUUCCUGCCCCAGACCCAGGAGGAGGAGGGCGGCUCUCCUUCCCGACAGGAGGACAUGACACCCUCCAGCUCUUCGGAGAAUUACAUCCAGGAGACCCCCCUGGUCAUGAGCCGCUGCAGCUCGGUCAGCUCCCUGGGCAGCUUCGAGAGCCCCUCCAUCGCCAGCUCCAUCCAGAGCGACCCCUGCAGCGAGAUGGUGAGCGGCACGGUGAGCCCCAGCGAGCUUCCCGACAGCCCCGGGCAGACCAUGCCCCCCAGCCGCAGCAAGACGCCCCUUCCCGAGCGGGAGACCAGCCAGUUCAACCUGCAGUGGGAGAACAACGUCAAGAAGUUCAUGGACAUCACGGACUUCAAGGAGCGCUUCCAGCUGCCCCCGGACCUGGACAGCACCAUCUACUUCACGGUGGAGAAGCCCGACGAGAACUUCUCAUGCGCCUCGAGCCUCAGUGCCCUCCCCCUCCACGAGCACUACGUGCAGAAGGACGUGGAGCUCAAGCUCCUGCCCCCCUUCCCCGAGCGGGGCGGGGGGCUCCACUUUGUGGGCCACGAAAAGCGCGAGGAGCCCAGGAGGGAGGAGCGGGCGGAUGGACCCCCCGGAGGCCGGGCCCGGCCAGAGACCCACUCCGAGGAUGACCUGGAGAUCCUGAAAGAAUGCAUCAGCUCGGCGAUGCCCUCUCGCUUCCGAAAGGUCAAGACGGCCCUGGUGCCGGGCCUGCCCGUGGGAAAGAAGGCCCUCCACGUGCCUGUCUACAUGCUGGUGCCUGCCCACGCCCACCCCAGCGUGGCAGCCAGGGCCCCGCGGCCUUCCCGCGGCCCGUAUAAAGACGAAGAUUCCUUCACGGACUCCGCCGAGGGGACGCCGGUCAACUUCUCCAGCGCCACCUCGCUCAGCGACGAGACCCUUCAGUAUCCGUCCAAGGAGGGGCAGGGGCAGCGGGCCGAGAAGCGGGAGCCGAUCCCGCGGCGGGUCACCUCCAGCCAUUCUACUCCCACCAAGAUGGCGGCUACCUCCAAGCACAGGGCCGGAGGGGCGGGCCUCCCGCUAGCGGGCCGGGGCGCCGAGCCCAUCCGGGGCUCUCUCAAGAACCUGCCCAACCUGGACCUGCCCAUCAGCCGGCCCAGGAGCGCCCACUCUGAGAGGGACGGCACGCAUGCAAACAGGGGUCCCGGGGAUGUGGCCUUCCAGUCAUUCUGUCACACUACGCCCACCGAGGAGGCGGUUUACUGCUUUUAUGAGCACGAUUCAGACGACGCUCCCGAGAAGCCAGCCCGGAAGGCCCCGGCAGGAGCCCGAGCCCCGAAGAAGGAGCAUCGGGCGGGCAAGAGGGAAGCAGAGCCCAAGCCCAAGGGGGUGCCGCCAUCUUCCGCGCGGUCCCGAAUGCCUGCCAAAUCCCAGCACAAACUGAUUGCCGACGAGACGCCGCCCUGCUACUCCCUGAGCUCCUCCGUGAGCUCCCUCAGCGAUCUGGACCUCUCCGAUAAGGUCGGCGGACAGCCGCGCGGCAAAGGGGGCCUGGCCCACCUGCAGGCCCGCAAGCCCGGCCUUACCAAGCCCCCUCCGCCAGCCCCCGGGCGGGACAGUUCUCCGAGCUCCCCCAGCCUCAACUCGGACGAAGACCUGCUGCAAAGGUGCAUCGGAUCGGCCAUGCCCAAGAGACAGCGCCACCCGGCCCGGCACCGGAAGGCCGAGCGCAAGCCCAAGCAAGGGGUCCCCAAGGCGGCCGGCGGCAAAGAGCGAAAGGCAGAGCUACGGAGGGAACUGGCUGAGGAGGCGGGCUCCGACCGAGCUUCAGACCUGGACAGCGUGGAGUGGCAGGCUAUUCAGGAUGGCGCCAAUUCCAUCGUGACGUGGUUGCACCAGGCGGCGGCGGCGGCGACAUCCUUCUCCAGGGAGCCCUCGUCCGAGUCCGACUCCAUCCUCUCCUUUAUGUCCGGCCUGUCGGUGGGGUCCACCCUCCCGCUCACCCUUGGAAGAGAGGAGCAGAAGCGACGGGGAAAGGGGGCUGGCGGAGAGGUAGAAAAGAAGGAACAAAACAAGACCGCGGAUGAGAGCAAAAAAGGAGGGGAGGCCCGAACCCCCAACCGCCGGAUGUCCCGGGGUCCAGAAAAGUCACCCGGUGCCCAGAAGCCCGUGUCCAACCUGCCAGCCGUGUUCCGUGGCCGGACGGUCAUCUACAUGCCCACCCUGGCCAAGGGCACCCCCAAGCCUCGAUCUCCCCCAAAGAAAACCGUUCCCAAGACGGAGCCCCCUGCCAAACCGCUCACUCUCAGUCAGCAGAGGUCCCGGAGCCUCCAUCGGCCAGGGAAGAUCUCCGAGAUGGCCGAGCUGACGCUGCCCAAGAGGAGCGCCACACCCCCUGCCCGGAUGGCUAAGACCCCCUCCUCAGGCUCUUCCCAGACCUCCACCCCAUCGCAGACAUCCUCCAAGAAGUCCCCACCUUCUUCCCAGCUCAGUAAGCCAGUGCCAGCCCCUGGGGGCAAAGCCGGCACCGGCAGCCCCCAGGCCAAGGCCCCAGUGAAGGCUCUCAUCUCCAGACAGCACAAGACGCAGAAAUCCCCCGUGCGGAUCCCCUUCAUGCAGAAGCCCGUGAAGAAGACGUUCCCGGCGAGGAACAACACGCCUGUCCCCGAGGAGCAGGCCGCCGGGGUCAAGGCGGGGGGCAGGCUCAAUCUGGUCCGCGUGGCCUCGACCCGAUCCAGCGGCAGCGAGUCGGACCGCUCUGGCUUCCUGCGACAGCUGACCUUCAUCAAGGAGUCUUCCAACCUCCUCCUCCGCCAUCGCUCCGACGCCGCGGCUCCCCUGUCCCAGAGCGGCUCGCCCCGCCGCAGUCGGCCAGGCGUCCCCGCCGUCUUCCUCUGUUCCUCCCGUUGUGAAGAGCUCAAAGCAGACAAAGGCAGGCCCCAGCCCGGCCCCAGAGCCUCCCCCGGGGAGCGUCUCCCCCGCCGGACCAGCUCAGAGAGCCCGUCCCGCUUGCCUGUCAAGAUAGCUGCGCCCCCGCCCGAACCCUUCAAACGCUAUUCCUCCUCCCCCCACAUCAAUGUCGUCAAGCGGUCCGGCAGUCCAGCCCCCACUCUUCCUCCCGGGGCUGAGGCCGGAGGUGGGAGGAGAAGGAGUGAUGGAGAAGCCAAGCCUCUGCCCCAGACAGCUGCAGGGGAGGGCCACGACACACAGCUGAGCGCCGCCAAGGGCACGUGGCGGAGGAUUCGAGACGAAGACAUACCGCACAUCCUGAAGAGCACGCUCCCCUCCACGGCCCUGCCCCUUGUGGGCACGGUGCAGCAGGACGGCCCAAGCCCCCAGAGGAAGACCAGCGAUGCUGUGGUCCAGACAGAGGACUUCUCCACCUCUAAAACCAACUCCAGCACCUCGCCAACCCUGGAGAAUCGGGAGCCCCCCAAGAACACAGCCGGCGGCCCCGACAGCGCUGCGCAGGCCCCCUACUUUGGCAGUGACGUGGAUGGGCCGAGCGCCAAGGUGGCCGCCGCCAUCUCCUUUGCUCACGAGGGGCUGACGGCCCCGGCAGGGGCCUUCCCUUCUAGCCGCCACAGCUCUCCCAGCCGGGCUGCCCGAGUCACCCCCUUCAAUUAUGUCCCCAGUCCCAUGGUGGUGCCAGCCACGACCGACAAAGCUGUGGAGAAAGCCGCCGGCCUCCUGGGUGAAUAG